CUUUAACGACAAGAAAACGAAAAGAAAAUUCCAAGUUUUUACCCCCACCUUCAGUUUUCCUGGAAACGAAAAACAAGGAUUCUUGAGGAAUUUGCAAUCCAGUUAAAUGCAAACGUCGUGUCGUUUCAUUUCUCGCUUCCUUCGCUCCUCCAAGCAUAUUUCUUCCUCCAUCAUUGUCAACUCAUCGUUCAACAGUCUCUCCCAUCUCGAUUUAGUAAAUCCCCGAAAUCAGGGUUUUUCUCAGUUUAGUCCCUAUACGACAAAUUCUGGGCAAUUCAGAGGUUCGAAACAUUGCAUUUUGCUGGGUUUUGUACUGCCCGCUGAUGAUCCCACCGGUUAUCAGCAUCAUCCACAUUUUUACUCUUCCUAUCGGAGCUUUUUUACGAGGGCGAAACCAAUAAAGAAGAUUGAAAUCACUGAUCAGCACAGUCAACGAGCUGUUACAACUGCAUUAUGGUGCAACUUCCUUGUCUUUUCUCUCAAGUUUGGGGUCUGGUUAGCAACCUCUAGCCAUGUUAUGUUAGCUGAAACGGUUCAUUCCCUUGCAGAUUUUGCUAAUCAGGCGCUUCUUGCUUAUGGUUUGAGUAGUUCAAGACGUGUCCCAGAUGCAUUGCAUCCAUAUGGCUAUUCCAAGGAAAGAUUUGUCUGGUCCUUGAUAUCCGCUGUUGGCAUAUUCUGUCUUGGUUCCGGUGCUACAAUUAUUCAUGGAGUUCAAAACCUAUGGAUAGCACAUCCCCCAGAUAAUAUCGAGUAUGCAGCUUUGGUGAUAGGUGGUUCAUUUAUAAUUGAAGGCGCUUCUCUUGUUGUUGCCAUACAAGCCGUCAAGAAAGGUGCAGUAGCAGAGGGAAUGAAAGUGAAGGACUAUGUCUGGCGUGGUCAUGAUCCUACGUCUGUUGCAGUCAUGACAGAGGAUGGUGCUGCCGUAACUGGUCUUGUUAUAGCCGCAGCAUCACUGGUUGCAGUGAAGACAACUGGGAAUGCCAUAUAUGAUCCCGUAGGCUCCAUUAUAGUUGGCAACCUUCUUGGAAUGGUCGCAAUAUUUCUCAUCCAGCGCAACCGGCAUGCCUUGAUAGGGAGAGCAAUAGACGACAAUGAUAUGCAGAAGGUUCUCCAUUUCUUGAAGAAUGAUCCGGUUGUUGAUGCUUUAUAUGAUUGCAAGAGUGAGGUGAUUGGCCCUGGGUUCUUCAGAUUCAAGGCAGAGAUUGAUUUCAAUGGAGAGGUGGUUGUGCAAAACUAUCUUGAAAGAACAGGACGGGAAGAGUGGGCGAGACAGUUCCGAGAAUCUGCAAAGGAGAAAGAUGAUUCUGCAUUGCUAAAGAUCAUGUCAAGUUACGGUGAGGAAGUAGUCACAGCAUUAGGAAGUGAAGUGGAUCGACUCGAAAAGGAGAUCCAAGAACUUGUUCCCGGCAUUCGGCACGUUGAUAUUGAAGCUCACAACCCCAUUGACCUAUCAUCUUCAUGAUCCCAGAUUUUCUUUCGGGCAUUAUUUCUUCCGUAUUUUUUUUCUUGUUCUACUUGUCUAAUGGACAAGAACAAGAAAAAAAUGCAAUUAAUUAAAAUGUCUGCGUUUUCAAUCGAACUCUAUCGAUAAUGCCGGAUUAUUAUAUAUUAGUGGUGAUAAAUUGUAUAACCUGUGAAUAGGGGAUAUUUGAGUUUGAAAAGGAAUGCAAUUCUUAGAAAGCUGAAUUUAUCACAGGAUCAUGGCCUGCUAUGAGAUAA